UGACAGUCACUGGGAGAGAGAGAGAGAGAGCGACAGAGACAGAGACAGAGAGGCAUCUACACGGUGCCGCGCAGCUAUCGAUACGACAGACUACACCAGAGUUAACCCAGUGUGCAGAGAGUAGACCCUUCUCAACAUCAGCUCGCCACCAUGGGGAUAUCACCGUCCAGUCUCCUGGAUGAAAGUACAUCCAACUACAUAAGAGGUUGUGCGGAGGCAGAGCUGAAGGAGUUCAGUCCCCACUACAGGAGACAGUACUCUGUGGCCUUCUUCUCUCAAGUCCAGGAUGAGCUGGAGCAACAGAAAGAGAAAAUAAAACAGCUCCUCAAACAAAGGGGUCCUCCGAAGGCGGGGGAGGUGCUGUAUGAGGAACAGGUCCUCCAUUUUGAUUACACCAGGAAGUGGAAGGAGAGAUACAUGGUGGUUCGUGCCAACUACUGCCUGGAGUGCCAUGACAGCUUUGAGACCUUUGUAAAGGGUGUGCCCCCGCUCCACAAACUGCUACCAACAGGAGGCACUGUGCUCACCACAGAGGAGAAGUACAUGGCCAUGGUGGACCAAUGCUUCCCUGUUUCUGAAACCAACAAUGUGAAGGAGGAGUUUGCCCCUCCUAUAAUCGGCAUGCCUGGACAGUUCCCUGUGUACCUCAGGCUCCCGUACCGUAGGGAUUACUACUUCUGCUUCCGACAGGAGACUCGUCAAGAUGCAUUCCUCUCCAUCCUCUCUGACUGCAUCCGGCACCAGAACCAAGACUUCCUAAAGAAGAAUACGGUUGAGGUGCAGGCCUUCCUCAAGGCCGUCCACCUCUACAGACAAGAGAAGGGCCGUUAUGACUCCUGGAACAUGCUGAUUGGCAGUGAUGUCAGGGUACUUGCCAACUUGGUUAUGGAGGAGCUGUUGCCGUCUCUGGAGAAGGAUAUGCUGCCUCGUCUGAAAGCCAAGAAGACGGAGAGGAAGAGAGUGUGGUUCGCUACAGUAGAAGCAGCUUAUAUCCUGGUGCAGGAGUGUCUGUUGGAGGGUCUGUCUGUUCUGAAGGAGGAGUGUAAGACGGCAGCUUGCCAGCAGGAGGUGCUGAUACGUUCUGAUAUGGACCUGAUCCUCCACUCCAGAACCUACCUGGAGGGAAAGCUACGAGCCAGUGUAUCAGAGCCAGCAGAGAAGUUCUGUUCGGAGGGCGUGCAGCCCUACCUGGCUUCCAUACUGGAGGAGCUCAUGGGACCAAUCAGCUCAGGGUUCCAGGAGGCACGGCUCCUGAGUGACAGCCAGAUGGACCAACUGUGUCAGGACUUCCAGGAGGGCGGGGUUACCGACAAACUCAAGCAGGCCCUAGCUAAGCUGAGUAAGCCCAACCUGUUGAGUUGUUACCAGAUGAUCAACUCUCUCCACGACCAGCUGCAGGACCUGCAGGAACGCUUUGACUUCUCCAACAUCAGCAAUCUGGUCCACAGCACCCAGAUAGACCUGCAGCAGCUGAUUGAAAAUGCAGCGUACACGUUUGAGCUGCUGCUCUACAAGGCCAAAGAAAACAACACAGACAAUGUAGGCUCUGCCAUGGAGAAGUCCAGGCACAGGGUGCUCAAGCAAUAUGAUUACGACAGCAGCACAGUGAGGAAGAGGAUCUUUCAGGAGGCCUUGGUGGGGAUCACUCUACCUCACAUUAAGAAGAACCUGGCCCCAACCUGCAAAACAGAACUGCAGGGUCUUGAAGAGUUCAUCGAUGCAGACUAUUCCAACUUUGUCCAUGUGGAGAAUAUCUAUGAGGGCAUUCUGCUGCAGAGUCUGGACAAGGAAGUCAGCAAAGUGGUGAAGGACGCAGCCAGCCUAAAGAAACACAACCUGUUCACAGACAGCAGGGACCUCCUGAGGCAGUGCAGCCGCUCCAGUCUCCUCUCCACCCCAUCCACCCCCAGCAGCCCAGCCAGGGUGCCGUUCUCCUCCACACAUCACCAGACCAAGGUGGAGGCGGUGUCAGGGGCCACAGUAGAGAUUAAGGCCCUGGGGGCCAGUAUUGCACCUUCUGUUGCAGCUCCAGUGGAGAAGCUAGUCAAGGUGGAGAACACAGUCAGUACACAUGAGACACCUGCAACAGAUCAGAUGUAUACACCUGUAGUGGCUGAGACAGAAACGGAGGACACGCCAACUGGGACAGCUCAAGUGGACAUCCCUGUCCUAUCAGAGACAGAGGAAACACCCACCCCUGGAGAUGCUGUGGAGGUGGAGGAGACCGUAGUAAUGGACGUACCAACCACAGUAGCACAAAGCGAAGCCGAUUCAUCCGGUCCUGUCCCCGUCCCUGACCCAUCCCCUGUCCCUGUUUGUGUUGUCAGGCCUGUAGCUGUCAUUGACCCUGUAGCUGUUGAAGAUUCAGUAGCAGAGAGCACAGCUUCUCUCACAAUCACCACUACUGAGACAGAGGCUGAGACAGAGACAGAGGCUAAGACAGAGGCUAAGACAGAGGCUGAGACAGAGGCUGAGACAGAGGCUAAGACAGAGGCUAAGACAGAGGCUAAGACAGAGGCUGAGACAGAGGCUGAGACAGAGGCUGAGACAGAGGCUGAGACAGAGACCGAGGCUAAGACAGAGGCUGAGACAGAGGCUAAGACAGAGGCUGAGACAGAGGCUGAGACAGAGGCUGAGACAGAGGCUGAGACAGAGGCUGAGACAGAGACCGAGGCUGAGACAGAGGCUGAGACAGAGGCUGAGACAGAGGCUGAGACAGAGGCUGAGACAGAGGCUGAGACAGAGGCUGAGACAGAGGCUGAGACAGAGGCUGAGACAGAGGCAGAUAGUGAAAGCGGUCCUCCUAAUAGUGACCCAGUAGUGGCCUCUAGUGGUGAGCAGCCUGUAACUGUGCCACCAGCAGACACCAACCUUGCUGCAGCAGCAGAGACCAAGGAUGUGCCAGCCUCAUCCUACCCCAUCCCAGAUGAUGGGGAUGAUGAGUGGGUUACAGAGAGCGAGUCAGCCCGCUCAGACAUCGAGAUCCCUGGUGAUGAUGAUGUCACGAGGGUAGCAGCCCCAACUGAGGAGGUCAAAGUGUCACAGAGCAACGGAGAGGAGUGUAGCGUUUCUGUGACCUCUAACCUUGCAGUAGAGGUCAGCGUGAGUGAAACACCAGUCAGCAUCGCUGCCAAGCCCCCUGUAGAAGUAUCAGAGGGUAACCCCGUUCCCCCUAGCGACGACCCAGUCUCUGAAGCAACAGGAGGCGUUAACGGAGAAGCUAGAGUUGAAGUCACUGCAGGUGCUUAUUCCACCAUAGCAUCAGCAGCCAAGUUUAAUGUAGUCCCUCCACAGCCCCAGCCAGACACCCAGGCCACCCUCCCUGCUGAGCCCACCAAAGAAGCCCUCCAGGCUGUGGAGCCCGCUGAGCCCGCUCCCCGGGCCCUGGACUGUGUGAAGGAGAUCCGGGACCUGGUGGUGGAGGUGUUUGAAGUGGAGGAGAUGGUCCAGCAGUACCCAGGUAGUGAUAACGUAUGAGGGAGGGGUGGCCAGUGAGGUGCCUGAUAUCACACAGAAAAUAAAGGAAGACAAGGACCCCAUUCUUUAAAUCACUGCAAUUGUGAGGAGUAUGCAAAUGUUGUAGACUAUACCCUCGCUGUCGUCGAACCCAAACACUAUACUGACUGAGAUUACCCUCACCAUCAAGUACAAACAUUGAACUAUGACACAAGCAUAAAACUGCACGCUUCCAUAAAACUGCAAUGGUAAAAUAUGAACAUAUACAAUUGUGUUCGUGAGAAGAUUAAUGUAGUGAGAUAUGGGCAUAAAUGGAAUAUCAAGUUAGGGACCAAGGAAAAGCUAAUUAAUUUGGUAAGCAUCAAAUUGUCUAUUGCAAUUGUGUGAAACUGUCUCCACUUGUCAGUUUUUUUUUUUUUUUUUUUUUAAAUCUUCUAUGUCCCUACAUAUGAAUAUGCAUACAUUUUAGAUGAUUUAGACACAGUUUGAUAUAUGCUACUUUUAAGUUGUGUUAUAUUUUAAAAUCAACAGCACUGCCAUAUAUUGAAUCGGUCUGAGUAGCAAUGGGAGGGUUCUACAUAUGAAGGAAGACUUAGGGAUUUUCUAUUCUGUGUACUUUGACUUGCUGAAGGAUUUUCUCAUCAGUUAACGUAGAGGGUAUGCAUGCUCAUACUCUCUCAACAGCUAGUCCGCCAAGUACCAAUAAGAUACCGCCAGAUGCAUCACGAUUGAGGUUCUAAUGUUGUAAUGUUCUAAGGUUCUAAUGUUCUCUCCUAGUGUCUACUGUGUUGUUUCCAUGAAGAAGGAUGACUACCUAUUUCCAAUAGAUGUGGUUGCUAUGGAGACUGGUCCAGGUGACUUUAUUCCUGAAUGACUAAUAGCCGUGUUGAAAUUUCAACACCCUCCAGCGCCUGUGCUUUCAUACAUGACAUGUUACACAGUCAUUUUGUGAAUGGGCUAUGCAGAUCUGUGUAUGUAUAUUAAAGUCUGAGAAAAUAUACUGUAAAAUACAGUAUGAAGUCUACAACAACCAGACAGCCGUCCAGCACUUGUGUGUUGGGAAAAUAAAUAAAAUAACAUUUUUAUUUGACUAUACAACAAAUACAACACAUUUACUGUGUGUUUGUCUUCCUUUAGCACUGAAGGGUUA